UCCAUCGUUUGGUUUUUCUCUGAGAUUCCAUGUUUAUUUUUAGUUUUCAUUUGAGUAAAUUAAUGUCGUGAAUAAUACGGUGUUUUAUUUAUGAUGACAGAGAUAAGUCAGUGAGGGAGUCGUUACGCUUCCCUCGGGAGUGCACAUAACUACUGGGAACUGACCUGAGGCAUGAGGAGCAGUGUCGGGCACCCAGGACACUACUCGUCUACCUUUAAGGCUACCUGGCAACAUCUCUGAGUCUGCAUACCCAGUGACCGGAUAAGCGACACUUUGAAACAGAUGAAGAAAAUGUUCUUAAAAUCUGCGAAUGGUCGUUAUCAGCAGUGGUGAGUGUAGGGCACGAAGGGUAAGCAGUGCAUAUAAAUGUUCGGUGCGGCGCGGGAAAGCCGGUUGGCGGUGUGUGGCAAGGCGCGCAGCACAUGCGCUAUCCUAGGGUUGGAAGACAAAUCAAUGGGCAGUGUGCGUCUGCUCUACGUGAGGUUGAGGCGGGUGGUAGGGUUCUCUCCGGCAUCUCGUAGCCACUUAACUGGCUUGAUUAGAUUCUGAAAAAAAGAUUGUACAGAGCUGUAGCCCUGCGGUCACCUCGCUCAGGCGACCAGCAGCAGCUGUGGCCCGGGUGACGGCGGGACGCUGGGAGGAACAGCUGAUUCAGUGUUUAUAAUCUGCGGUGAAAUAGUGGUGUGGGGAUGUGUGUGGUGUGCCGCCGCCGUGUGUGGUGUCAUAGUGGUGUUGUGAUGGUGUGAGCAUAACCCGGGACUGUCAGCUGCCCCAGAGCGUGCCCCGCGCGAGGCGGCCCUGUGCCUCGCCUCUCACACGGGAACUGCAGCUCAACACUCUUCCCUUCGGUGCUCCUUGGUGGAAAACCAUUCGGAAAAUCAGAUUCGUCAGUUGAAAAAUUAAACCAACCGGUAAAAUCACCGAAGACUGAGCGGGGAGAAGGAGAAGGAGCUCGGUGGUGAGGUGAGGAGGAGGAGGAAGCUUGAGAGGGCAAAGAGUGAGAAAAGAGGCUCUCACCAACGCUCACCAGCUCACCCACGCUCAUCAUCUCCCGACGCUCACCAUGGCGGAGGACGACGUGCUCUUCGACGAGGUGUACGACGUCUGCGAGAUCAUCGGAAAGGGUCCGUUCAGCUUGGUCCGGCGAUGUGUCCACCGGGAGACCAACCAGCAGUUCGCAGUGAAGAUCGUAGACGUGGCCAAGUUUACCUCCGCUCCGGGACUGUCCAUCAAUGACUUGAAGCGGGAGGCCACGAUCUGUCACAUGCUGAAACAUGAGCACAUUGUGGAGCUGCUGGAGACCUACUCCUCGGAGGGGAUGCUCUAUAUGGUCUUCGAAUAUAUGGACGGCGCCGACUUGUGCUUCGAGAUUGUCAAGCGAGCCAUGUCCGGCUUCGUCUAUAGCGAGGCAGUGGCCAGCCACUACAUGCGGCAGAUCCUGGAGGCGCUGCUGUAUUGCCACGAGAAUGAUAUCAUCCACCGGGACAUCAAGCCUCACUGCGUCCUGUUGGCCUGCAAGGAGAACAGUGCCCCGGUCAAGCUGGGAGGCUUCGGCGUGGCUAUACAGCUGCAGGACGGAGAGCUUGUCAACGGAGUGUCAUCUCUCUCUCCCCCUCAGAUGGGAAGGAUAGGGACUCCACACUUCAUGAGCCCCGAGGUGGUGGAGAGACAGCCCUAUGGCAAGCCCGUGGACGUGUGGUCUGCCGGGGUGCUGCUCCACAUCCUGCUCUCCGGCACCCUUCCCUUCUACGGCACCAAGGAACGGCUGUACGACGCAAUAUGCCAGGCCAAGCUGCAUCUGAACACGACCACGUGGGAAGGGGUGAGUGAACAUGCCAAGGACCUGGUGCGCCGCAUGCUGACCUUCGACCCCAAUGAGCGCAUCACGGUCAAGGAAGCCCUCAGUCACCGCUGGAUCAAGGACCGCGACAAGUACGCUUCCCGCACCCACCUGCACUCUACGGUGGAAGAAAUGCGGAAGAUGAACGCGCGCCGGAAGCUGAAGGGCGCUGUGCUGGCUGCCGUGUCCUCGCCUCGCUGGACAAGCUUCUAUAGUGACCCAACUCUGGACCCUUACCCAGAGCUGCCGGCCGACGACGACGUGUGUAGUACUGGAGCAGUAAGCGUGGUGCUGGACUCCCUCGAUGACAUCCAGUGCCUGCAGGAGUGCCCCGUCAAGGACAGGGACUUCCUCCUCUCCGUCCUCGAAGACACGCAGCUCCACGCCCUCCUUGAUGUACUCCAUCACAUCCAAACCCAACAGCUGUAUGACCGCAUCCACAGCGCCUCGGUGUCUCCUGGGCGCGGGGGCGUGGCGCAGGACGCGGUGGAGAUCGCCAGGGACGUUGUGGAUCUUAUGAGGGACUACGAUGACGCCAUGAUUCCAGAGGUGGAUGAGUUGCGAGACCUUCUGAGUGAGCCGCAUAUUCGGGUAAGUGGAGCGUGAGUGUGGAGUGUGUGUG